AUGAGCGACGUCUAUAGUUGCUGCCGAUGCGUCAGCUUUUGUGAGGAAAUGAAUGCCGGGUAUCGCAAGACAAUGGAAGACACGAUUCGUAUUGUUGAUGGGUAUUUACAGAACCCACAGAACGGCUACUUUGCUAUCCAUGAUGGCCACGGGGGUCGUUCCGUUGCAACGUAUUUACAGCGAGUGCUGCAUGAAAACAUUGCAACAGAGUUGCAACUGAAAGAUGAUGGUAGUACUGUGGAGCAGCGACUUGAACGCGGCUACUUAAUGUCAGACAUGGAGUGCUGUCAGAGAUCGGUGGGCUCAACGGCAGUCAGUGCAUUGGUUCUGGAGGAUGGUGGUAUCAAAACGCUCUACGUCGCCAAUGUUGGCGAUAGCCGCGCCGUGGUUAGCUUCAAAGGAAAAGCGAUUCGGCUUUCGAAGGACCAUAAGGCCAGUGAUCAGACUGAAGUAAAGCGGAUUGUUCAACGAGGCGGCUUUAUUGUGCACCAUCGAGUGUCUGGAUUGUUAGCAGUCUCCCGGAGCUUUGGAGAUUGGGAUCUCAAGCAGUUUGUGGUGGCACGACCGUACACCAGCGCGACACGGCUUGAGCCGGCAAGCGACUAUGCGUUCUUCAUACUGGGAUGCGAUGGUGUUUGGGACGUUCUGAGUGACCAAGAAGCUGUAGACAUGGUGAGUUCGCUACCCAUCUCGCAGCAGUCUCAAGCCGCGCAAGUUCUUGUCCACGAGGCUCUUUCAAGGGGGAGCGAGGACAAUGUCACAGCGAUAGUUGCAUUUCUUUGA